UCCUAAAAUUAAUUAGAACCCCGAUAAAGCCGAUUCUCGUGAGCAGCUCUUCGUCGACGAACAAGCGUUCCACACUCCGUCGGACACCGUCCACCGUUGUCAGCCCUGCGUGGUUGUUCUCGGGCAACCAGUGAAGACGGUUCGAACCCUAGGGCUUUUUCUACUCCCAAAAUCCGUUAUGAAGAAUGCCUUUGCAAGUGCUUCUGCAAUCACAGACCAAAGGCAAAAAAUAGAGCAGUAUAAACAAAUUCUUUCUGCUGUUAUUGCAUCAAAUGACAUCAUUCAGGCAAGGAGAUUUAUAGAUCACAUGUUGUCAGAUGUUGUUCCAUUAGUAGUAUCACGACAACUUUUGCAGACCUUUGCCCAAGAAUUGGGAAGAUUGCAGCCAGAGGCACAGAAAGAGAUUGCCCAUUAUGCCCUUGCUGAGAUUCAGCCUCGUGUUGUGUCAUUUGAGGAGCAGGUUUUAAUUAUUAGAGAGAAACUUGCAGAGUUAUAUGAGUCUGAGCAGGAAUGGUCAAAAGCAGCUCAGAUGCUCAGUGGCAUUGAUCUUGAUUCUGGAAUGAGAUCAAUUGAUGAUACAUUCAGGCUGGCUAAGUGCAUCCAAAUUGCUCGUUUAUAUCUUGGGGAUGAUGAUGCUGUUAAUGCUGAAGCUUUUAUUAAUAAAGCAUCAUUCUUGGUUAGCAAUAGUCAGCAAGAAGUACUGAAUUUACAGUACAAGGUUUGUUAUGCAAGGAUUUUAGAUUUAAAGAGGAAGUUUUUGGAAGCAGCCUUACGAUAUUAUGAUAUAUCUCAAAUUGAAAAGCGGCAAAUAGGGGAUGAGGUGAUAGAAGAUGCACUCAAACAAGCUUUACCUGCUGCUGUUACAUGUACAAUUUUGGCAGCUGCAGGACCUCAACGUUCUCGUGUUCUUGCUACAUUAUAUAAGGAUGAACGUUGCUCAAAACUGAAAAUUUAUCCAAUACUGCAAAAGGUGUACUUGGAGAGAAUUCUGAGAAAGCCUGAAAUUGAUGCAUUUGCAGAAGAAUUGAAAGCGCACCAGAAAGCCCUUCUUCCAGACAAUUUUACUGUGCUGGACCGUGCAAUGAUUGAGCAUAAUCUACUGAGUGCAAGCAAACUUUACACAAAUAUUAGCUUUGAUGAGUUAGGAACACUGUUGGGAAUUCCACCACACAAGGCUGAGAAGAUAGCAUCAAGAAUGAUUUAUGAGGAUCGGAUGAGGGGAUCUAUUGAUCAGGUUGAAGCUGUCAUACAUUUUGAGGAUGACACAGAAGAGUUACAACGAUGGGACCAGCAGAUUGUAGGCCUUUGUCAAUCACUCAACGAUGUUUUGGAUAGCAUGGCCAAGAAGGGCUUUCCAGUUCCUGUUUGAAGGGGAUCAUCGAUACUUUCUUGUUUAUUCAUUCUUGGAAAAGCCUCUGAUUUUUUUGUUUUUGGGAAUAUAUUUAUUGGAAAUGACUAUAUCAAUCUGUGAUAACAUUAAUUUUCUGAUAUAUUAGCUUAUUUAAUGUCAGCCAAGUUUGCCCGAGGCUUUAUUUAGUUCA